AGUCGCGCGUUUGGUCUGCAGCGAUGGCAUCCUCUGCUGAUGUACACGUCCGAAUAUGCGAGCAAGAAAUCAUCAAGUAUGAUUUAGAAAUAAAAGCUCUCGUUCAGGAUGUCGGUGAAUGCACAGGACCACAAAGCAAACUGACAGAUUUAAAUUUACGAGUAAAAGAAAAAUUCAGCAAUCUCAGACAACGGAUUCGGGAUCUGGAGCAAAUGGGAAAAGAACAGGACAAAGAGUCCGACAAGCUGACCCUACUCAAUAAAGCAGAAGGGCAUCAGAAACAGAUGCUUAGUAAUCAGACUGCUUGGAGGAAGGCCAAUCUAGCCUGCAAACUCUCCAUUGAUAAGCUGGAGAAGGAGGAUUUGUUAAAUUCAGAGGACAUGUCGAUAAGACACAGGAGGCUGACCAAAGAAAGCCUCGCUCAGACCUCCAGUGGCAUAACAGAGAGUCUGAUGAGCAUCAGCCGGAUGAUGGCACAGCAGGUCCAGCAGAGCGAGGAGACCAUGAGCACUUUAGCGACGUCUUCCAGGACAGUGCAGGAAACUAAUGAAGAGUUUAAAGCCAUGACAGGAACCAUACAGCUGGGAAGAAAGCUGAUCAUUAAAUACAAUCGACGGGAACUGACCGACAAGCUGCUUAUUUUCCUCGCUCUCGCGCUCUUCCUGGCUACGGUCUUGUACAUCCUGAAGAAAAGACUUUUUCCUUUCUUUUAGGUGCAGACCAAACGAUGCAUGUAAUGCAGAAAUGAUGAGAGGAAUGCAGCUACGAGCAGGAAAAAACUUUAAGAUAUCUCGGUGAAGCCGCUGAUCACGUCAUCAAAAUAUCUAUAUGACAAGUCAAAAAAAGAGGGAAAAAGAUAUGUAUAUAUAAUGACAAAGGCAUGUGAUGCGUUACUGUUGACUGAACAAACUAUGAAAGCAGCAACAAUAACUUGUUAUCAUUUUGAUGGUGUUAUAAGUUAUUAUUAUACUAGUGCUGUCAGUAAUUCAAAAUAAAAGUUUUUGUUUACACACACAUAUACAUAUAUAUAUAUAUAUACACACAUAUAUACACACACACACACACACAC